AUGUCAAAUGAGUGUAGUGAAAGUGUGAGUUCUGAAAGUAUGUUUGAUGUUAAUGUAGAGGGUGUGAAUGGUAGAGGUUUGUCAGAUGAUGAGUGGGAGUCUGAACACUUAGUUAGUGAAGCAGAAAGUCAUGAAGAAGAUACGGAUGUAGAGGGUUAUGGGACUUUUACAACAUUUGUGUUGCCAAAAAGUAUGGUUGACUUUAAGUGGGAAGUGGGGACAUACUUUGCUGAAAAGCAAGACAUAGUGGAGGCUAUAAAAAGCUANGCCUUAGAUAAUGGAAGAAAUGUUCAUUUUGUUAAGAAUGAUAAACAAAGAAUGAGGUUCAAGUGUGUGGGUGCAAAAGGUAAAUGCCCAUGGAGGUUAUAUUGUGGUUAUAUGAAGGCUGUGAAAACAUGGCAAUUGAGGACAAUACUGGACANCCAUACCUGCAGCAGGGAAUUCAACUUGAAAUUAAUUGAUUCCAAGUGGUUGAGCAAGAAGAUAGAGAAAAGUAUUAGAGACAAUCCUACAAUGAAGGGUGUGGACAUAAGGGAAAAAGUUCAAAGGAAAUAUAACGUUGGUAUUUCAAGGUGUAUGGCCUAUAGGGCAAAAAACCGAGCAAGAGAGCAAAUUGAUGGCUCCUUCAAAGAACANUAUAAAAGGUUAUAUGACUAUGCCCAUGAGUUGCUGGCCAAAAAUCCAGGCUCAACAGUGAAACUAAAGGUUGAUGAUGUGGGGGGUGAAGUUGUUUUCAAGAGAUUCUAUGUAUGUUUAAAGGCUUGCAAAGAUAGUUUUAANUCAUGCAGGCCUAUUAUUGGUUUAGAUGGAGCAUUUCUGAAAGGUAAGUACGGUGGUGAGUUGUUAACAGCUGUGGGUCGAGAUGGGAAUGAUCAAAUGUUGCCAAUUGCGUAUUGUGUUGUUGAAGUUGAGAACAAGGAGUCAUGGAGGUGGUUCUUGGAACUAUUAAUAGAUGACCUUGGAGGGCNAACAAUUUGUGCUUCAUUCACCUUCAUGUCAGACCAGCAGAAGGGUCUACUUCAAGCACUAGAUGAAUUGCUUCCUAAAGUGGACCAAAGGUUUUGUGUGAGGCAUAUGUAUUCCAACUUCAGGAAGAAAUUUCNUGGUAAAAACCUGAAGCGUUUAAUGUGGAGGGCAGCUUCAGCCACACAUCCACAAACCUGGGAGAUGGAAAUGAGAAACAUAAGAGCACUGAAUGAAGAUGCUUAUAAGCAUUUGAUUGUCAUCCNUCCAAGGCAUUGGUCAAGAUCAAGGUUCAUUGAAAGACCUAAAUGUGACACCUUAGUAAACAAUAUGACUGAAGGCUUCAAUAGUGUCCUCCUUUCUACCAGGAGUAAACCCAUUAUUACUUUGCUGGAGGAGAUACNUCUUUACCUCAUGCAAANAUGGGCCAAGAACAGGUCAAGCAUAGCAUCAUUUACUGGAAGCAUUUGUCCAAAGAUCUUAUCCAGAUUUAGAAAGGAAUCUGAGUUAACCAAAAAUUGGAUUCCUAG